GAUUAUAUUACGCAUGUACCUAUUGUCAUUAUUGCCAAUAAUGGUAUUCCCUACCUGUGGUAAGAGAUCUCAUUUAAUUUUAGUUACUCGAGUGGAAUAAGAUCAUGUUUAUCCUACAGUAAGGGAAUAUUAUAAAUGGGAUAUCAAAAAUUUUAUAACAGGGGAUAAUUUAGUUUAUCAAAAGGAUUCUCCAACAACUCUUUUCUAACUUGAAUAACCUCUACACAAAAUAAGUGAAGUGGAUCAUUAUACUGGUAAUAUAAUUAUAAUUGAUUUUAGCAAAUCUUGAUAUAAUUGCAAUAAGAGCUUUCGAUAUUCCUGAAACAGGAGCAUGGACCAACGAUUUUGCAUUCAUGGGUCAAGAUCCUGAUGAUUAUUCUUGGUGGAUUUACUAUUCAGAAGGGUAAUGAUUAAUAAAUAUCAUAUAUUAGAAAACAAGUAUAAAUGAAUUGGGCUCCUUAAUUUACAAAUAAUAUUUAAUUUGAAAAUUAAAAUAAGUUGAUUAAAUGUUUGGAUCUUGAAUAUAUAGACAGGAAUACAUUUUUGGUUGAUUGUGUUGAACCAUAAGAAUAAACAGGUGAUGAUCCUAUACCUGCAAAAAACUAUGUCUAUAUUAUAAAGAAGGGAGAUCCUCCUGAGAUUAAGACAGAAUUCUCAUAUUCUAGAAAAUAUCAGACUGUGACAGACAGAAAGGUAUAGUAUCAUGUUUACAAUGCUUAAAAUAUUGGUGAAAGUCCUAAUGAAGAACCUUUAAGGAUCUUAUUAAGAGGUCAAUAUGCCUAUGGAACUCCAGGCAGUAGUAUCAAUAAUUUAGAUGGAGAUUGUAUUAUUGAUUUAUUAAGAAAUAAUGAAAAGAAUGAUAUUGUAGAGACAACAUAACAUUUAGAUAGAGGAUUAUUAAUACAAGAUUUAGGUAUAAAAGAAGAAGAUAGAGAGAAUUUUAAAUUUACUUUGAUUGAUUUUAAAGUAAUGCCAAAUGGUGAUAUUUAUGUAUUAGAUGCCUUUAAUGGAAUAUUUAUAUAUUAUAUAAAUUCAAAAUCUGAAUUUAAAUUUAAGAAAAAAAUAGAUGUUGGAACUGAUUUAGCUUAUGCAUUUGAUGUUAAUAAUAAGAUAGACUUUUAAGGCAUUAAUCAUGUUCAUAUAGCAGUAGUUCAUAAGAAAUCAGUAGUAGAAUAUAUAGAUGGAGUACAAAAAGGUGGAUGGUUAGAUGCAUUUGAAGCAAGACAUCCUUCAUUUAUAUUUGCAAGUUAAUAAUUUUUAAUUGUAAAUCCAGGAGGAAAUAAUCUGUAUUUAUACAAUUCUGAUCAUUAAUAUUUGAUCCAUACAGAUACAUUAAUUUAAAAUAUAUAUUUGGUCAAUCCCUAUGAACCAGAUUUGAUUGCUAUUACAAAUUCAUUUGCUUACAGAUAUGAAAUAGGAUAUGCUAGAAUAGCAGUAUAUUCUUAUGAAGCAACAUUGGGAAAUAAUACAGUAUAUUUUUCAGCCAUAGGUUCAGAUUAGAGAAAAUGUACUGCUUUUUUGAAAUAUUAAAUAAUACCUGAGAAUGAUACUCAAAUUUAUGAUGUUGAUCAUGAUCCAUUCCCUAAGGUAAUGUAACAUCCUUCUGAACCAAUUGAAGUUUAAGAAUUUGCAGCAGGACCAAACUUGAUAUAUGCAAAUGGAGAUGAUUCAUAAAAAGAUCAUGUUAUUGUAGAUAUUCAUACAAUUUGGGAACUUAAUAUUACAGGAUUGAUGUUUCCUACUGUUUCAGAUGUAGCAUAUGCUGAUAUACUUAUUGAUCCUCAUUGGACUGAUAAUUAUAAGUUUUGGUUCCUUUAUUAAUUGGAAUCCAAUAAAUAAAUUGAAAUCUUUGAAUGUGUCACCUAAACUAAAUUAUCAAGAGAUGUUCAUUGUGAAGAACAUGUUAAAUUUAAAAUUCCAAAUAAAUUAGAUCCAAUUAAUUCAUAAUUUGAUUGGGAUGCAGAAGAAGGUGAUAUCUUAACACUGUAAUUUAUUGAACAUGAUUAUUAAAUAUCAAUCUAUGAAAGUAGUCAUGAUUCCUCAGAUCCAUUGUAUUUUAUAAAAUAUGAUUAAUUACCUGAAAAUAAGAUCACAUCAUUCACUGUUUUGAGAAAAGCAAUCUAUGUUGUGUUGCCUAAUAAAAAAGAAGUUGAUGCCUGGUUUGGAUUCUUUCCUACACCCACUUAACAUAUUAUCUCUAGUUAAACUAUGAAAGAUUAGGGAAGUGAAAGAAUUUUUGAACCUAAAAGAGUUUUUGGUAAUCCUGCUCUUAAAAGUGAAUUCGUAUUGAUUUAAUCAAAAGAUUGUAUUUUCUUUGGAGAUAUGAGAAAUACCUUCACUUUGAUUUAUAUUUUUGACAUCAUACCUGAUGCUGAAGUUAGAGCAUAUCUAGGUAUGAAAACUAUAUUUAUCGUUUAAAAAAGUCCUACUUUAGGAUUCAAGAUUUAAGAGUACAAUUAUGAAAAAUUGAACAAUAUUUAUUUGAUGAAAGAAUUACCACUUUAUGAUUAUGUUAUUCAAUCUCCAUUAACUACUGACUUCUGUUAUUAAACUGGAUUCUUAUUUGUACGUGCAUUAGAUCAAUCAUCUUAAGAAACAGUAAUCUUAGUUUAUGAAUCAGAUGUUCUCUAUUAAUUAUCAUUACAUAAAGUAAUUAAAACACAUUUAAAAAUCAAUGAUGGCCAAACUAUGAAUAUGGCUGCUGCUGGACAUGAUUAAAUGUACAUGUAUGUCAACAAUCAACAAAAUGUAUAAAAAAUGAUUGGAUUUUUAAGAGAUGCUGUUGCAAUAUUAUAACCAUCUCAUCUAUCUAAUCAAUAUGUAACAGAUUUAAAGGCUACUGUUAAUAUCACGAAUUAAGCAGUAACAAAACCAAAAUCUAUUGUAUAUGAUAUGAAAUAUAUCAAUACUUAAACGUAUAUAAACGUUAAUUAAGAUGAAUUGUCUAAAUAAAACGGACAAUUUGUAUUCGUCAAUUAAGCAGCAGAUUAACAUGUAGAAGUCAACACAACUGGAUGGUAGUCUGGAUAAGUUAUCAAGUAUGACAUUACUUGUGAUUAAUGUGAAUCCCAUUUAAUUCAGGGUGUUUAACCAGUUUAUCAUAUUACUGAUGGAUCACAAUAUUAAUAACAUUUUGUUGAUGGAGUCGCUGCAAAUCAUGAAAUGAUAUUUUAAACAAGUGAUUCAAUAAUCCUCUAAGAUGCAAAAGGAAAUUGGGUUGGAACACAUAAAUUACCAGUUGGUACUGGUGCUGAUUGUAUAUCAAUUACAGCUACUGAUGAUGGAAUAGUUGUAUUUAGUGGAUGUAUUGAAAGAGGCAUUGUUAAUAUUUAUCUAUCAUUUUGUGAUGGUAAGUCAUGCUCUGCUGCUACACCUCCUCUUUAAUAAAUUGCAUAAGGUGCUAGACGUCCAUCCAAACUAUUAUACAGAGAUGGAAUCUUAUUUGUUUUGGAUAAUUAUAAUGAUAAACCUACUUAUUCUGAUGGAACUGUAAGAGUACAUAAGGUUAAUCUUAAUUAAGAAGCUAAAACUUGGGAUCUUGAUGCAGGAAAGGUCAUUAAUUCAUCGUUUUUAAGUACUGAUCUUACUAUUCCAUUCUAAGCUUCAGAUUUUGAUGUUAUCAAAUAUGACGUUGGUAAUGUAAAUUAUUAUAAGAUUUUAUUAUCCAGUGCCCUUUUAAGAAUAUGGUUUGUUGAUAUAUUUUGGGAUAAUGGAAACAUUAAUUUUAUUUAGCAUGAUAAAUUUGAGAUUUAUGAAUUAAUUUAAAAUAAAUUUGCUAUCGAUGAUUUAACUCGUUUCUAUUAAAUUCGAGCAGUUAAAUCAACUAAAAAAGAUAAUAAACUUUAUACAACUGCUUUAAUAUCAACAAAUAAUAUGGCUACUUAUGGUGUCACAUUCAUUUUUGAUAUUUCAGAACCUUCAAAUAAAGGAGCACCUGUACAAAGAGAUGCGACUGUUCCGUUUUUACUUGCCAAUUAUGGAACAUGGAAAUAACUAAACAAACUUACUCUUUUUGAAGAUCAUGUAGCUAUUGCUUAUACAGAUUCAAAAUAGAGUAUAAUUUUGGUGGCUGUUUAUUUAUUGCCAUCUAUUAAUCAUAAUGCUAUUUAAGAAGAAGGGGAAACAAAAAUUAUCACACUUAUUGGAGGUGAAUAAGAUCAAUAGCAAGUACAAAUCUCUACAUAAUUCGUAAUGACACUAUCCAAAGAUGUUGAAUAAGCAAGGGUAAUAAUAUUAUUUUUAUAUUAUAGCCUGUUCUUCAUACAAAUCUUGUUUAUAAUAUUGCAUAAAAAGAAAAUAUGUUAAUAAAAUAUGGAGUUCAUGAUUAUCCAAGAUUAUUGAUACAAAAGGGAGAUUAGAUUAAAGAACAAAAUGUUUAUAUCACUGCUAGAAAUGAUUAUGGAUCUGCUAAAGGUGUUAUUCAUUUAACUAAAAAAAAUCCACCUGGUCCUGAUCCCCCUGGUCCUAAUCCUCCUGGUCCUGAUGAUGAUGAUUCGUAAUUCUAAUUUAUAUCCCUUUAGUUCAAGUAGUAAUUGGUGGUGGAUUACUUUAAUUGUCAUCCUUGGAGUUGCUAUCCUUGGUAUUGUUGGAUAUUUUGCUUAUCAAAGAUUUUAUAAAAGACAAAACACUCUUUUAAUAGAUUAAUCAUCUUGA